CAGGGACAUGCUUCCUUCAGAAGCUCUAGAGGGAGACUUCUCCUUUGUCUUGUCCAGCUUCCAGUGGCUGUCAGCAUUUCUGCACAAGUGACUGCAUUUCUCUGUGAAGCUCUCUUCUCCAAGUUUCUCUUAAAAGAACACUGGUAUUGGGUCAAGGGCCCACAUAGGUGAUCCAGGAUAAUCUGCUCAUCUCAAGAUCUUUAAUUAAAUGUGCAAAGACCUGUUUGCCCAGUAGGUUAAUACUCACACUGCUUCUAGGAAUCUGGAUGUGGACAAAUCAGCUCAAGGGGCCAAAGUCGUCUUGUUACAAGAUAGUAGAAAUCAAAAGUAGGAUUAAAUAACCAUCAGGUUAAGGCAAAAGGCUUUUCCAUGGGACUUUUCUAGCGAUUUUAUGUACUUGUGGUCACUUGUGGCUUUGUAUCAUGAAGUUUUCAGCUCACUUGGGUCUCAGCUCUACCACAAUCUUCUGUUCUUACAGAUCUGCACAGAACACUUCAAGAUGUUUGAUUUGUUUUUUUAACCCACAAAAUCCGCUGCACCAAACCCCAUUCACAGGAGUUUCGGAGUAGCUCAGUCUCUUUCCCACUCAGAAUGUCUUCCACCCACCCACUUUCUACUUUUCCAAGCCCUCUUUAGGUUCUAGCUUCUUCUUUCACCUAAUGUAAUUCUGUCCCUUUGUCAUGCACAGCAAUGUACCUCUCUUUCUUCUGUGUUUAGAGCUUACUUUGAUAGCCCUAGGCUCAUCAAUGUCUUCAUAAACAAAGAAUCUUUGGUAGAGAGUUUUGUAAUUUGUUUCUCUCUUGUCCUCUUUAGGUGGAAGGAGCUUGUAUGGAAAUGUUUCUUCAUAUAAGAAAGAUGAAGUGGCUACAGUCUGGAUUUUCAAUAAUCUUCCUCUUCCUCUUUUCUGGUAUACGCAUAUUUUCUUACGAUCUUCAAUGGUACCUCAGUUCAUGAACUUAAUUCUGGUGAAAGAAUUAAGUUUGUGAGCUGAGGCACCACUGUAUUUCUUACAAAAUUAUUUCUUCAACAUAGUGGCCUUCAAAUUUUGAUCUCAGAACUCUUUAUACCUUUAAAAAUUUACUCAGGGCCCUAAACAAUGCUUGUUUAUAUGGAUUUUUUUCUAUCAAUACUUACCAUAUUAAAAUAAAACAAAAAGCUUAAAAGUAUCUAUUAUUUGUGAUCUAAAAGUAAACAAGGAUAAGUCUAGUAUGUGCAUAAUAACAUAAGUGUCAUCUUUUUAUUAAAAAUGCAUUUUCCCAAACAUCAACAAAACUGGUAAGAAUGGAAUUUACAUUGUUUUGUCUCUUGAAAGUCAAGCUUAAUAGAAGACAGCUGCUCCACAUUUAGUGUGUUGCAAAAUCACAGUCUUUGGAAAAUUCAACUCUAUGAGAGUGAAAAGGCAAAUAACAUCUUAGUAUUAUUACAAAAGUAACUUUUUAUCUUGCUGGCCAUUGCUCUACAUUUCUACAAUUCCAGUUAUGUCUCUUUAAGAAAAAAAAAAGGGGGUGGGGGACUUGAACUCAACUCAAUCUAGAGUUAAAACUGUACAGCGAUCAAAAAAAUGCAGAAAAACCUCAUCUCUGACUUGUCCAUUUAAAUAACUAUGGCUCAAACUGGCACAUUUGGCAACACAAAUAAAAGGCGAACAGUUAAGCGACGUGGUUUCCACAUUGUCAGCAUCUGGUAAAUUCCUCCUCAGGCUCCAACUCUCUCUGCUCAGGGAUACCUUCUCCAGCUCUUCACCUUAGUACUCAUAAGGCCGAAAACAAAUCACUUCAUAAACGGAAACGUCACAUUCACUGACCGCCUGCUAGCAGCCAGGCCACGCCAGAACACUUCACCCGCGUCUUCCGCCUGAGCCCUCAAUGAACUCGGAGGAGAGGCUGGCUUCACUUCACGGGAGCGGCUGAGGUCGCGGAUGGAGGUCUCCGGCCGCUGAGGGAAGCCGGAUGGGCCUCGUCCAAUGCCCCUUUGUGGUCGCCUCCACACCCCGCCACCAAACGCCCCAGCCCAGUGAGGCAGGCAGCCGCGACAAGGGACAACCCUGCCGCCCUCCCGUCCUCUUGUCCCCAGGUACACAGGGGCUCGGGUAUGGGCCGAAGUUCGCGAGGAGAAGAAUCCGUUGCCGCGUAUGAGUCGCGCACAGCCGCGGUGCGCCGGCCGAGGGCGGAACCUUUCUUCCCUGGCUGUGGGCUCUCGGCGGGGCCCGGAACCUUUCUUCUCCCACCGCCGUUGCCGGGCGGAGAGGUGCUGAGCCGGAACAGUCCUCCAGCUGCCGGGUCCGCGCAGCUGUCGCCGGCUGCUGACGUGGGCCGGCCGGCAAGUGUAGGGCUGUGGGGACGGGUCGCGAUGGCGGUGGACAUCACUCUGCUGUUUCGGGCUAGCGUCAAGACUGUGAAGACGCGGAACAAAGUGCUGGGAGUGGCAGUCGGCGGCGGGGUAGAUGGCAGUCGGGAUGAGCUGUUCCGCCGGAGCCCUCGGCCCAAGGGCGACUUCUCCAGCCGGGCCCGAGAAGUGAUUUCUCACAUUGGCAAACUGAAAGAUUUUCUUCUGGAACACAGGAAAGAUUAUAUUAAUGCUUACAGCCAUAUCAUGUCUGAAUACGGGAGGAUGACAGACACAGAGCGAGACCAGAUCGACCAGGACGCUCAGAUAUUUAUGAGGACCUGUUCAGAAGCAAUUCAGCAACUCAGAGCAGAAGCCCACAAGGAGAUCCAUUCCCAGCAAGUGAAGGAGCACAGGACUGCCGUUCUGGAUUUCAUUGAAGAUUACUUAAAAAGAGUGUGCAAGCUUUACUCAGAGCAGAGAGCCAUCCGGGUGAAGCGCGUGGUGGAUAAGAAGCGCCUAGCCUUUGUCGGGGGCAUGAAGGAAAUAGAAGCACAAUACCUAAAGGACAUCAAUGAUCUAAGCUGGAACCAGAACCAAGUCCAAAGGCAAGAGAAUGUGCAUCUUCUGAGAAAGUUUCAGAGACCCCUUCCAAAGACUCAGAAGAGAAGCCUGCCCCCGAGGAGUAUCCAGAAAAAACUGUGGCUAAAGCGCGACCUGAACUCGGAGCUGUGGGAGACAGCAGAGGUGAAGACGAGUUAUCCCCAGAGGAAAUACAGAUGGCAAAUCGAAGGGAAAGUAGUCGAAAUCUCCAGACUCCAAGAGAUAUUCACAGAAAAAGUUUUACAACAGGAAGCUGAGAUCGACAGCAUCCACCAGUUGGUUGUCGGGGCGACUGAAAACAUCAAAGAGGGCAAUGAGGACAUUCGUGAGGCCAUCAAGAACAACGCAGGCUUCCGCGUCUGGAUCCUCUUCUUCCUGGUGAUGUGCUCCUUCUCCCUGCUCUUCCUCGACUGGUACGACAGCUAGCAGCGGAGGCCAAGCCUGCACGCACUAUGUGUGCUGUCAGGGCACAGCGUGGUCAGGGUUCGUCACUGUGCGAGGAGGGGAGGGGUUGAGACAGACACGUGUGAGAGAACCCACGCCCACGCUGUUAAGCCGCUGGGGGAGAACGUGCACGAACUGGAAGUGGUCUGUGCCAGCAUCCAGAGGGCUGGCGCCACCGUCGCCCCUGCCGAGCUGCUCCCCAUACCUGCUGGGGCUCCGAGCAAGUCUCUGCCCCUGCCCACCCCAGUGGCUUCAGGGAAGGGCACAAGCAGUGACAUCAUUCAACAGCUCAAUCCUGACUUCUUCGUGGCUGCCAGUCUGUCUGCAUCAGCUGACUCAGUCCUGCAUUGUUGAAAAGAUCCCCAUGUGCCCUGUUGAUUUCAUAAGCACAGUCACAGCCACUCGCUGUGCUGGCAGGGAGUAGACGGCAGUUCCACGGAUGCCUAGCUGCCGCGCCAGCACUUCAUGGCAGGGUGGGGACAGGCACAGGAAGACCAGUGUCCCAGCCCUGGUCCAAGGAGCUGGUGUUCCGAGGAGGCCGAGGACCACAGAAGAGCGAGGCCUGCUGCCCUGUCCCUGCUCUCCUCCCUCCUGGAACUGACAGGACCCCAGCUCAGGUAGGGCAGAGCCGUGCGCGCACGUGGCAUCCAUGCUGCACCCGGAGCGGAGCGUGCGCAGCCUGCGGACAGAGUCCCUUGGGAAGCACAGGUGCCCUCCAGUUCUUUAUUUGCAGAGUGCAAUGUCAGAAGUUAUUUCAGUCAGUUUACAGUCAAUAAAGUAACGUCUACUACAAAAUGCAAGCGGGGUGCUGUGUGUACACGGGCUUCGUGUGUGUGCAGACAUACGCAGGACACGAUUUGGCACGCAUUGAUUGCUUUGUGCAUUCCCACAGCCUCACCACAUCCUCCGCAGCGAGUGCCUCCGAAAUGCGCUGAGGCCACGCCUGUGUCUGCAGACCCCUGGACACGACGUGUGUCUCCCACAAGCACGUUCAGGGACUGCUGGCGCCCACCAUGAUCGCCGUGCUGGCUCGCAGCACAUCC